AUGAUUGAGAAAAUUAAGAAUAAGGAUGGAGAAGUGUUUAUUAUCUCUAAUUUAUAUCCUUCUGGUAAAUAACUUAACAACUAUACUGGAAUAUCAGCAUUUUUAUAUGUUUUAGUCUAGUUUGAUUAUGAAAAUGUAGAAGAAGAAGGGGAUUAACAAGUGGAUCAAUAAAUUCAUUUACAUUUAACAUGA